AGAGAGACCUCGGCCACCGCGUUCCAGCCUCCGCCCGCACCGAACAGCGGGACCCGGGCCGCACCGGGGAGGGGCCGCUCCGGGCCGCAGCGCUAGGGCAGCUAGGGGCAGACAGGGACCCGGCACCGGGUGGGGCCGGCGGCAGCGACCAUGAUCGCUUUGUUCAACAAGCUGCUGGACUGGUUCAAGGCCCUGUUCUGGAAGGAGGAGAUGGAGCUUACGCUGGUCGGGCUGCAGUACUCGGGAAAGACCACCUUCGUCAACGUGAUCGCGUCGGGACAGUUCAAUGAGGACAUGAUCCCCACCGUGGGUUUCAACAUGCGCAAAAUCACCAAAGGGAAUGUGACCAUCAAGCUCUGGGACAUUGGGGGACAACCCCGUUUCCGCAGCAUGUGGGAACGCUACUGCCGAGGAGUGAGUGCCAUAGUGUACAUGGUGGACGCCGCUGACCAGGAAAAGAUCGAGGCCUCCAAGAAUGAGCUUCACAACCUACUGGACAAGCCCCAGCUGCAGGGCAUCCCGGUCUUAGUCCUGGGUAACAAGCGAGACCUUCCAGGAGCAUUGGAUGAAAAGGAGUUGAUUGAGAAAAUGAAUCUGUCUGCCAUCCAGGACCGAGAGAUCUGCUGCUACUCCAUCUCCUGCAAAGAAAAGGAUAACAUUGACAUCACCCUCCAGUGGCUUAUUCAACACUCAAAGUCACGGAGAAGCUGAGACUUCGGCUCUUUCCCCAGGACCAAGGACCAUGGUCAUCCAAACCUGAAGCCGAGCUCCCCGCCCACUCCUAUCAACCCCCUAAGCCUGCCCUCCUUCACUCAAUGUGGGGAGGGCCCUCUGGGGAUCCCAGAGUCCUGUUCUGCUGAAGUUUGAACUCCUGUUUUUAUUGUAAAAUAAAUUGCCCCCCAUUCGGGUCCCCUAA